UAUCCCCAUAGUUAAUACUACUAUAUUAAUUAACCAUUUAUAAAUAUAUUUAUUAGGGAUGGAAAAUAAUACCGAAAUGAUGAGCCGGCAGGUGUCUCGUUACCUGGAGAACAACUUGACGCGCCGCGACUUCCCGGCGGACUUCCUAUGGGGUGCAGCCACCUCUUGUUAUCAGAUCGAAGGUGCUUACAAAGAGGGAUGCAAAUCAUUCAGCAAUUGGGAUGCUUUCACCCUACAAAGGCCUGACAAAAUUCAUGGCGGCUCCAACGGAUGUCUGGCUAUCAACCACUACAACAGGUAUAAGGAGGACGUGGCUCUGAUGAAGAAACUAGGCCUCAACACUUACAGGUUUUCCCUAUCCUGGUCCAGAAUAUUGCCAGGCGGGCACUUGAGUGCUGGCAUAAACAGAGAAGGCAUCGACUUCUACAACGACCUCAUCGACCUCUUGAUAGCCGAAGGAAUUGAGCCAUGUGUGACCCUCUUCCACUUCGAUUUCCCACAAUGUCUGCAAGAAGAGUACGGCGGCUUCCUCAGCCCUCUCAUCCUGAAAGAUUUUGCUGAGUAUGUGGAAGUGUGCUUCUUCGAAUUCGGCGACCGGGUCAAGAUGUGGAUCACGGAGAACGAGCCGUGGGCCUUCACCGCCGGCGGCUACAUUUUGGGGGCGUUCCCUCCCGGACACGGCACCCCGCAUCCUCUCUACAAAUCCGAGGACGAUGAUGAUCAAAACAAAUCCUGUCAAUACAAGACGACGUCGUCUGCAGAUCUCUUCGACAAUAUUCCGCGGCCAGCUGCUCCUUUCGUAAUGCCCAGAGUCGCUCUUGGAAUCGAUCCAGCCGCCGUCUACGGUUGCGCCGACGCCGGAACCUAUGGCGCCGCCGCCGCCGAAAUGUCUGACGACGGCGAUGAUAAUAACCCGGACGCCACGGAGCCGUACAUCGUGGCCCACCAUUUAAUUCUUGCUCACGCCAAGGCAGUUGAAAUCUACAGAAAACACUUCCAGGCUGUUCAAGGAGGUAAGAUUGGGGUCACUAAUAUGACCACAUGGUACGAGCCCUACUCCCUUUCUCAACCCGACAUCGAAGCUGCUUCUAGAGCUGUGGAUUUCAUGUGGGGAUGGUUUGUUGAGCCUGUAGUGACCGGAUACUAUCCAAAGGUGAUGAGAGAUCGAGUAGGUGACCGUCUGCCCGAAUUUACACCCGAACAAAGAGAAAUGGUGAAGGGAUCCUACGACUUCAUUGGAAUGAAUUAUUACACCACCUACUGGGCUUCUUACAAGCCCAACCCGCCCUGGGUAAAGCCCAAUUACUACAAUGAUCAAGAAGUCGCCUUCCGCACUGAGCGAAACGGCGUCAAAAUCGGCAAACAGGCUGGGUCAGCAUGGCUGUUUGUUGUUCCACGGGGCAUAUACGAGCUUCUUAUGCACACCAAGAUCAAGUAUAACGAUCCCAUCAUCUACAUAACCGAGAAUGGAGUGGACGAGAAAAAUGAUCCAAAGAAGACAAUGUCCGAGGCUCGACACGAUCCGGACAGAAUCAGCUAUCACAUGGAGCAUCUGGCUUACAUGAGGCUAGCAAUGGACCGUGGCGUGAAGCUUAAGGGGUACUACCCGUGGGCGUUGUUGGACAACUUCGAGUGGACAGAAGGAUACAGCGUGCGAUUCGGGUUCUACUUUGUCGAUUACACCAACAACUUGAUUCGAUGUCCUAAGGAUUCCGCCAUAUGGUACAUGAACUUCCUCAACAAUAAAAUCCUUCCGCCGCGCAACAACCGAGAGGCUGCCGCCGAGGACAUUGCUGCCUCUGCCUCUGCCUCUGGUACUGUUGCGAAGAAGAGGAAGGGUAGUAUGUAAGAACUAGAUCCAUCCAUAUUCGAUCUGCAUUUGCCUUUAUUGCAAUAUAUAUACUUGUAAUGAAUAAAUCUGGCCUAUAUAGCUUGUCUAGCCAGUGUGUGUUUGUUGUUAAUUCCUUGUAUUAUAUGGUGUGUAAUUUGAAUAAUAAUCGUGGCACUCGAAUAAAAAUUGCAGUUUAAAAA